GACACCGGGAACAUGUCAGGGACUCGGGCUAAGUUUAGAUACUCCUGCUGGGACUUUUUCUUCACUUUUGCGGGCCUGCCGCUCUUCCUGCUGGACAUAGUGCUGGACGUACUGGCUGCUGUGUCCUUCUACCAGGAAAAAGCCUUCGUGUACCUCGGUGUCCUGCUGCUGUUUCUCGUGGGCUCGUCGCUGCUCGCUCAGGCUUACAGCUGGCUCUGGUACAGCUAUGACAACUUCGAAAUGAACACAAAGAUUGAGAAGUUGCCGAGCCGGGGCCUGCUCAGGCUGCUGCACGUUUCCCAGCUGGGAAUCUACUUCAGGCAUGCAGGAGUCCUGGAGAUGGCUGUACAGAGCUUGCGCAGAAAGAAGCGCACCAGCCGUGAGAACGGGGUCGGGGCUUCUUGUGAACACGGAGCGCGCCCGGACUCCGAGGGCUUAGCCGUGUCCCUGAGCCACGAUCUGAGCAUGUUACGGAUCAUCGAGGCGUUUUCAGAGAGCGCCCCGCAGCUCACGCUCAUGCUCACCAUCUUUCUGCAGAGGGGUCAGCUGGAUCCUGUGACAGUGUUGAAGGCCGUCGGCUCGGCCUCAGCUAUCGCCUUCACCAUGACCACCUACCAUCGCUCGCUGCGCUCCUUCCUGCCCGAGAAGAAAAAGCAGAAGAUAGCCUCAUCAGCUGUUUACUUCUCCUGGAACCUGCUGCUCAUCUCGUCUCGCCUCGCCGCCCUCGCCCUGUUUGCCUCCGUGCUGCCGUGCUUCAUCUUCACCCACUUCAUCUGCUCCUGGCUGGUUUUAUUCUUCUUUGCUUGGCGAUCCAAGACGGACUUCAUGGAUGGUCCUGGUGGAGAAUGGCUGUAUCGAGCCACUGUGGGCCUCAUUUGGUAUUUUGACUGGUUUAAUGUGGUUGAGGGGAACACGAGGAACAGGACUGUGCUCUAUCACGGGUACAUACUGACUGAUAUCUCCGUCCUCUGUGGUGUGUGGUGCUGGAAGAUGAGCACAGAUCCUCCUGAAUUUGUGAUACAACCCUUGUAUGCUUUAAUCACAGUCGUCUGUGUUGUUGGAGUUUACAUCCUCGGUCUGUUAAUCAAAGUUAUUUAUUAUAAGUGCUUCCAUCCAAACCUUGACAAAGAUGAGUUGAGAGGGCAACCUGAAGAUGAGGUGGACUUCCGCACGUUCAGACCUCCGACAGAGGCCUCAGCACACUGCAAUAAAAGAAUGAGGAAGAUGGCCGUGAACUUCUACUGCCAGCCUGCAUCAUUUGAGAUCCACGAGGCAGGUGACCGAGUCAUGUGAUCACAGGGCUGCGUGGGUUUAAAGACUUGCUUCCUAAUUAACCCCCCAAACCACCCAGUAUUAAGUGGUGCUACUGUUUAACAAAAUGUUUCAAGACAUCAGUUAUUAUUUGUUUCCCCUUUG